AGAAGCAACUCACCAAAAUAUUUUUGGACUCCCUGCUGAAGGAAACGUUGGUUCCUGCAUGUUUAUUGCCUUCUUCUUGCCUUGAUUCUACUCACAUUCCCGAGGUUUUCUGUAGUCCAGUAUGUCGGCCAAGUUUAUCCCUCCCUGCUACGGCGAUUUCGACAGGUUGAUCAAAAACCUGUUCGAUGGGUAUGGAUUCGGCGAGCUGAAGGUGAAAAGUGAACUACCUGUUGGUAGUCAGAAUGGUAAGCUGGUAGUGAGGACCUCUGGAACCUCCAAAAUUGUCAAUGGAAAGGUGGAAGGCAUGGCAGAAAUGGCCUACUCGCACAACGCCUGGAAAAUCACGGAAAAGGUAAACGAAGAUGGUAUGCUCAAAAGCACAAUCACGAAUGAGGACCAAGCGUUGAAAGGACUCAAGGGUACGCUGGAGACGGUCUAUAACCCUGACACGAAUCACAAAUCUCUAGCAAUUCGCACUGCGUACAAGCGUCCGUACAUUCACCAUACUGGCGCAGUGGAGUUUGACUUCCUGGGUAAGGUGAUGCGCACAUCGUUGGCAGUCAGCUACCCGUGCGGUGGUAUGCUGGGCGGUGAGAUCAUGUACGAAACAACGCUGGGCCGCAUCACCAGCUCGAGCGUGGGUGCAGCGUACAACGCCAGUGACUUCACGGCUAGCGUCACGUGGCAGAGCAUGGUAGACAUUCUCGUGUCGGUGCACCAGAGGAUCUCGCCGCGGCUGCAGGUCGGUGCACAGUUCAUGAGCAGCCCGCACCGCUCCGACUGGAACAACCUUAUCCUUGGAAUGCGUUAUCAGCUGGACGACCAGUCGCAUGUCAAGGCCAAGAUCAGUAGCCAAGGCACACUAGGCCUGGCUUACAACUACCGCCUGACACAAAAACCGUUCGCAACCGUUACGUUAUCGGCGCUCAUCGACACCCGACGCCUUAACCAGCCUGCGCACCGCUUGGGCGCUUCUCUGCAGCUAUGUUAAGAUGGGGAGUGAUGGUGGUGGUGUCAAUAACACCAGUGAUUGUAUCAUCUGCCGGGCUUGAUGAUUUUGGAUAUAUUGCCAUGCUUUUUUUUCCAUACAGGUCCUUGGCCUUGUCACACAGUUAACAGUGCUUGCAAUCUCAAAGACUGGUGCAGUGUUUUCGUUGGCUGUCCUUUGCCUGCGCUCAGGUAUUGUGUAUCCAACGUGUACUGAAGAUGCGCUUAGCUUCAUCCCGUCCUGGAAGCCUUGCUACCUCUGCAACAUGCAGUUGAACCUCGCUGUUUUCUCGUCUCGACUGGUGUCUGCGUGUGUGCGUGCGUGUGUGUGUGCCUAUCGGUGUUUUUUUUUGUGCAGAGCAAGUGCACUGUCAUGCACUGCUGUCGUUUUAUCUAGUCUCUUAGUUUUGUUUAGCCUUUUUCCUAAUUCAAUUUUAGUUUUAUAUGUUUUUGUGUUGACAUGUACGCUAAUCACUUGGCUAUAAUCAUGACAACGUGCACUUGUGUUGAAGUUGGAUAGUAACCCUGGACGGCCUGGUGCUGUGAGCUCCGUGGACAAUCUAUUCCAUACAUUUUUUCUCCUCACCUUCCUUUGUACAUGUAUUUUCAUUUAUUUCUUAUUAUUCUUACUAUUUGCAUCGUGUACAAUGUACAUGUAGUGUUCAGCAGAGCUAAGCUCAGGACUGCUUGCUAGAAAGCAGACUUGUUAGAAUUUAGAAGGUGUGCUAUGUUUUGUGAAAGAUUUUCUCUAAUGCAAGCAUCAGAGACAUCUCUUUGUCUGACUUUGAAUUAUUAUAAACAAGUGCACCCA